AACCGCCUGGCGCACAGCAGAGCAGCCUGUUUUCUCAACCAGAGUAGCUGGUUAUUGUUACUGAAAUCCGCCACAACGACGACGAUCCAUUUACCCCACUGUCUCCUCGAACAUAUCUUUGUUGAGGGUGGUGGUAAGUAAAAUCAAACUUUUUUAAUUGGGAACAUUAAACAGUGAUGAACAUGGAUUCUGCAGCCCCUCCUCAAUGCAUGCUGCAGUCACUCGACAGGAAAGCGGUGGCAUCUGAGGGCAACUCCGAUUAUUUACAGUCUGUUAGUAGCGAAUCGAGCUCAUUCAUCAUGGUUGAGCCCAUAAACCGCCUCGAAGUUCCGUCCAGGCUGUGGGUGACGACGGUUGUGGUCAUCGUGAUUGUCCUUCAAGUUGCCUCGACAACAGGACUCUUCAUCUACUUAAAUAUGUCAGUGGCACAGGCUCGGUCCCAGGGCGUGGUGGAGGAACUGAGAUGUCUUGGUCUUCUGAAUGCUCUGGAGAAAGAGCAGGACGUACCAGAUGACCUGGUGCAGCUCUUUGGGGAGCCAUGCAUUAAACUAGCCGAAGGACUCAAAGCCUACAUUUCUAAGGUCACAGAAAACAUAAUCUCUAAACACACCUUUCAAGAAAGAGUAGCCAUCCCUCCUCGAGCAAAAUUACUCACCACUGGCAGCCCACGGCCAUCUGCUCAUCUUACUCUCAGAGACAGUGGACUUCAGGGUCCCACAUCCCUAACCCCGCAGGCCGACCUUUACCAGUCCUGUCGUCAUCCUGUUCGUUCCUGGGGGAACCAGAGCUUCGGCUCCCACCUGCACAACAUGACGGUGUCCAACGGCCGUCUGCGUAUUCCUCGCGCGGGACGCUACUACCUGUAUGCCCAAGUCUACUUCCAAUAUCUCACCCUCUCCAGUGACGAUUACCACUCUGGCUUUGUCAGCCACCAGGUGGUGCAGUGUGUCUACAAGAAGACUGCCUAUGCUCACCCUAUUCAGCUCCUGAAGGGUGUGGGCACCAAAUGUUGGUCUCCAGACAGUGAGAAUGCUCUUCAUUCAAUCUAUCAGGGUGGCCUGUUUGAACUUCGUGCAGGCGAUGAGAUCUUCAUCUCUGUGUCUUCUCCAACAGCUGUGUAUGCAGAAGACUCCUCCAGCUACUUUGGGGCCUUCCUGUUUGACCUCUGAAGGAUGCAGUUGUGGUUUGUGGUCUUAAUUAAAGACAAAGGAAAUGGUUUACAUGGGAACUAUGAAAAAGGGGAACUACAGAUACUCUGUAUAAAGGGAUUACUUUCUGCCAUCUGGAAAAUGUAAAUGGCUCUGUAAUGGCCAACCAACUUCAAAAUGCAACAGACUAGACUAGACUGAAUCUGUACUUAUAGCAGUGAUUUUUCAGAAACCAUCAUGUCAGUGUGGUUUGAGGUGAAGACUGGUUGGGGGAGAAAGGUCUAGCAUCUACAUUUGAUGUUUUAUGGGAAAAUGGACAUGAAUGGUGUUGAUGUGAGAGAGCCUCACAUGACUGAGUGAUAUAAUAUAAAAUCUUAUCUGGACAGACACAUCAUAAGCAUAUCUGAGAGGAAGAUGUGCAGGAGAACUGCCUAACCACUUUUACAAUGUACGCACUUUCUUCAAAAAGAAGAAACACCAGAAAAUGAGUAUGAGGUCCUUCAUUAUAUAACCAAUCAGGAAAAGAAAAAAAUCCAUCAUGUGAGUUAAGACUUUUUCAAUUUUAACAACAAAUUUUGUGCAUGCUGCUUUUCAAAACAUACUAUGUCAUAGACUGCCACCUUUUUUUUUUUACUCUGUUUCACCGUUCACUUUGUUCAUUCAUUUUUAUGAAGUCAAUCUGAGUCAGUGUGACUGGUCAUGGUCCAGUAAUCUUUAGUUAAAUAAAAAAUAUUAGUUUGCCAUUUUGUCCAUGAGUCAAACCUGUGUUUCAUUCAUUCAUCAUGCACUGAUGUCAGAAGUAAAAUUCUUGCUAAUUAUCUUGAAGCACAGCAACAAAUCCCAGUAUUGUCAGGGGACAUUGGCCAACCCGGAUAAGAGCAAGUCUUGACAUGACUCAUAUUUGACUCAUUUUUGAAAACAUGCCAGAGUUAAUCUUAUCUAAUAUGUAUUACAAACUUAAUUAACCCUCUUUCAAGAAUGUCCUCCUAAAGCUUCUGUAUGAUUUCUUGUGUGAAGAUCAGCAACUAAACAUACAAUGUGUACACAAAUCCCACAAUCCACACUGAAAAGAAACAUUGAAGAGCAAGUUGCAUGUUACUGUAUUUCAUGUAGUGAUUAUGAAUAAAUUACAUUGAUAAUGUGACAUUAAUAUUUAACAAGAGCAUAAAUGCUAAUGUAAAAAAAAAAAAAGUUUACACAAUUUAAACAAUGAGUACAAACAACCCAGCAAACUGAUUGCAGACAACCAUUAAAUGUUUUUAAACAAUGAUAAAUACACUUUGCUCUAAUAUGUUUUUUUUUUUUUGUAAAGUGGCCCUUAAAUGAUCAAAAUACUGUAAAACUGAGCUAAGGAAUGGUUAACAGGAAAUGGGUGGAAAUGGAGGCGUUUGCUGAAAAUCAAGCAAGCUAAUGAGUCUUUCGAGGAUAUAAACUCUGAAUGAUGGCCACUGUCAGAUUUAUGGAGUGUCUUCAAAAAGUACACUUUUGAGCAUUGUUUAUGAUGAUCUUUGACUUCGUUCUAUGUUCCAUUUCGCAUGAUUUCUAAACAUACAGUGGCACGGUAUGCUGGUAGAGAAAAGGAAAUUAUUAAAAGAAGCUAACCCAGAUAUACACAAGCUGUAAACAUUAAAAUGGAAAUAUCUGGGUAGGUAUGCAUAUAAUUAAAUUACAAGUGACUAUAUUUUGCAUGCUCAGAAUACAUUUUAACAUGCAUGCGAUAGGAAUUAAAAUAGUACAGGCAUAGUCAUGUGUACAGGCAGCAUUUGUUGAUAGAGCAAACUUUCGUACCUUUAAGACAAACUUUAGAAAAUUAUAAGGGAAUUAGUGUGUGCAUUUGUGAUAACAGAAAUGGAUUAAAAACAACCGGGUACAAAAAAAAUUUACUAAUGGUACAGGGUAAUGCCAUUUUGCAGGUACUGCACAUCCAUAUUAAUUCUCCAAAAAUAAUGCCAACCUAUUUGCAUAGGAAAUUGCAUCAUACUCCCCGUUUUUUUUUUUUUUUUACAGUGAUAGUGUUUAAUUCAGAAUGAGACUUUUUUUUUUUUUUUAAAUGCAUAA